AUGGCUGACGGGGAAGAGAGUAACGCCAUACGGGAUGAGGGCCUGUUGACCCAGGACCCAUCCGAUGGAGGAACAAGCGAAACUUCAAAUGUGUUCGAAGAUGUCAUGGAGAAUGGAGAUGCUCCAAAUGAAAAUAUCCCGCAGGGGAAUCUGAAUAAUUCGAUGAAGGCUCACCCGGAGGAUGUGUCGCAAGAACCUUCGCAACAUCGACUUGAUGGCGCACCUCAUCUCCCUCCAACGACCGCUCGACAUCGAUUCUGCAAAAAAACCUCCAGCGCUGACGACGCGGAGAAAUGCCAUAAAGGCAAACCCGACGUUCAAACGACCUCCCAAAGGAGGAAAGAAAGCUCACCCAAAGAUGAAUCAGAAAAGGAGCAUAUCCCAUCCGAACUGGAAUGCGCCAUAUGUAUGAAGCUCCUAAUAAUACCAGUGACUAUUCCGUGUGGACACAAUUUCUGCAGAGACUGUCUAGAGAAAGCCAAGGAAUAUAAAAACACUUGCCCCUUAUGUAGAUCAAAUAUGGGGGAUAAAAAAAACAUUAACAUUUUGUUGAGUGACUUGAUAAAGGAAAAGUACCCAUUGACAUAUGCCAAGAGAGUUGAAGAAAUGGAAAUGAUCAAAAGAGAAAAAGAAAAAAAAAUACUAAAGGAAAGAUUCGAUGUUAUUAAAAACUCCUCUGUCAUUCCUGUGUUUAAAGUCCCCUUUGUCUCUGGUCCCUAUUUCCCAGGAGAGGUAUUCGACCUCAACAUAUAUAAUGAAAAAUUUAUUGAUCUCAUUGAUCUUAUAUCUACUGAACGCACAUUUGCUAUAACUUCCAGUAAGGAUAAAUCAAAUAAUGAGGAUGAGAAAAUAUAUGGAAUCCAUGUAAAAAUUUUACAGCAGAAUAAAACGAACCAAGUGCUUUGUAUUAAAUGUGUUGCAAACUUUCGAGUCCUCCUUUAUAAUAUUAUACACUUCCAUCAGUAUGAAAAUUAUAUAGCUAGCCAUUCUCCACUUUUUGACGAAUCUAUUUCUUUGAAUUCUUUUGAGUAUAAUUUGUUGAGAGAAUCUAAGGAAGUUGCCGGUGGCGGUGCCGAUACCGGUACCGGUCCUUGUCAGGGUUCUUUUCCUGACUCCUCCCUCUGUCAUAGUAAGCAUUGCGAUAACUUCCGCAAGGGGGUGAAGUGUAAUUCAAACUGCACAAAGCAAGGAUCUUGCUGUUCCGAUAAACACCCUGGGGGGAAUAGUACCUCCGAAGGGGGCACCUGCAAGUGCGCCACAUCUGCUACGCCAUCCAUGGGGAUGAACCGAGAAAGUACCAACCAAACCACAAACGACGUGGGGGAGAAAAAAGUGGAAGAAUUGAAAAAACUUUUAAAGACAAUCGAAUUAGAAGAUGAUAUAAAUUCAAUUUCGUUAUACUAUGAUAGGUGCAGAAGUAUAAUGAGCAAUCCUACCGACACCAGUGAUUAUAAUGUGUACAACGCGAUGAAUUACUAUUCCUGUAUUAUUUUUUCAAGAAUCUGUCUUCUGUGCAUAAGGUACCAGUUGAACCGUUUUGGCAAUGCAGGAAUACGUUUGUUUAAUACCAAGUUUCGAAACGUCAAGCUAACCUCCUCGGAACCGUCGAAUGAAGAAUUAGAAAACUUUUCUUAUUGCCUUAGCAGCGCUAUUAUCUCUAGAUCCAUUCUCAAGUGGAGAUGGUUCAAGACGACUAACACCAUGGAACGCCUUCAGAGCAUAACUGAAUACUUUCUCAAAAAAAAAAAUAAAAGUAUUUUGGCCCUUGACAAUUCGAGGUCCCCGAUAAUUCACCGCCUCUUUAUGUUGGACUCCAUUUCCUCGUCUCUUCUUAUUUUGCUCUUCAUUUCGGUUAUCAUAUUUGUUAAGUACUUCCUCUACUGA